AUGGCUCCUGGAAUGUCCCUUUUCUCCGUCAACGCGAUCCUCAUCCUCAGCACGGAGGACGGAUCGCGGUUAUUCUCCAAGUACUACACCGCACCCCACCACGGCCCCUCGGCGACACAGAAGGACGACAAGAAUGUGCUCUUAGGAAGUUCCUCCAGCAAUCCCUAUCCCGAUGUCAAGUCGCAAAAGGCUUUCGAGAAGGGUCUCCUCGACAAGACGGCUAAGCAGACCGGCGAUAUCAUCUUGUACGAUAACCGGAUCGUUCUUUACAAGAUGGAGUCAGACGUUAUGAUGUAUGUCGUUGGAGGGGUUGAUGAGAAUGAAGUUCUGCUUUACAAUGUCAUUCUGGCACUGAGGGACUCCCUCCACCUCCUCUUCAAGCAAUCCGUCGACAAGCGCACAAUCGUCGAGAACUACGACCUUGUUUCCCUCGCAAUUGACGAGAUCGUGGAUGAUGGUAUCAUUCUUGAAACCGACCCAACUAUCAUCGUGCAAAGAGUCAGCAAGGCGCCGGCGCAGGAUGUGGACCUCCGCCGCAUCGAUCUCAGCGAACAGGGUGUCAACAACCUCGCCCAACUGGGCAAGUCGAAAUUGGCGGAUUGGCUGCGGCAAGGCUUGUAG